AUGGCCCGUGGACAGUCCAACACCGAGCGCAAGACCCGCUCCGCCCUCACCGACGUCGUCGCGAGGGAGUACACCAUCCACCUCCACACCAAGGUCCACGGCAAGGGCUUCAAGCACCGCGCUCCCUCGGCGGUCAAGGCCGUCCGCACCUUUGCCCAGAAGGCCAUGGGCACCAAGAAGGUCCUCCUCGAGCCGUCGGUCAACGCCGCCAUCUGGGACAAGGGCAUCAAGAACGUCCCCCACCGCCUCCGCGUCCGCCUCCACCGCAAGCGCAACGACGACGAGAGCGCCAAGGAGGACGAGAAGCUCUACACCCUCGUCUCGGUUGUCCCCACCACCAACUUCAAGGGCCUCAACACGACCGUCGUCGAGACCGACGAGUAG